AUGUUGGAGGACAUUCCUCGUGGGCUUGGAGUGAGCCUCUGCGGCAAGGCUCGGGAAGCGCUGCCCGCCACGGGAAGGAGGCGGAAGCCCUCUGCGGCCCGCGCCGCACCAGGCCUCGCCUCUCUGAGGAGCGGCCCUCGGCCCGUGCCCGAAGGCGGAGGGGGGACGCACGCCCUGGGGCCCGGGGCCGCUGGGCGCCGGGAGCUCUGCCUGGUUCUCAACGCCAGCAUUUACAGCUCCCGGGAGACACAACCCCUGUCAGCCAUUCACACUUGGCGGGCAGGCGGCGUUCAAGGCUGCGGGGGCGCGGGAGCUGCAGUCCGGCUCUGCCCCCUGCCCGGCUCCCCGCCGGGCUCCCUGCCGCCCGCGGCCGGCCGGAGGUCCGUACCACCGAGAGACCGGCUGGUCUCUGCGCGCCUAGAGCGGCACCGGAAGCUCCCCGGGCGGGGCCUCGGGCCGAUUUCCGGCGGCGGCGUGCGGGCUGCCGUGCGGGCUUUGUCAGCAGGGCAGGCCAGCGGGGCGGGCGGCCAGGGGUUCGCGUGCGGGGCGCGCGCCGUCCUCUCGCCGCUGGGCGCCGGUUCUCAAGCCCACCAGCCCUUCCGAGGUGGCCUGGCGGGGGGAGCCCAAGGGAGUUCUCCAAAUGAUGCUGGGGAAGUGGCCGGGGCCUCGAGCCUCUUUGUGCUGGAGGAGGUGCAGAGCCGGCAUCUCUGCCCUGGCGACGUCUGUCCCCUGGAGUUGGUGUUGGCGGUGGAGCCCAAAGAGGCCUUCACCAGCGGAGAGGCCGGCGGGAAGACAGUGUCUGAAGCCCUCACAGUGAUGGAGCUCGCUGCCCCUGCACCUGGCGGGGGCCCUGAACCCAGAUUAGGGGGGCUGUUGGGAAACCUGGACGGGCAGAGCCUGCGGAGCUGCCCCUCCCAGGAGGGAGGUUUCAAGCAGGUGACAGUUACCCACUGGAAGAUCCAAACAGGAGAGGCAGCGCAGGUGGGCAGUAAGUCAGGAGGAAGCCCCGUCCUGAGCUCAAACCUCCUCCUGCUUCAGAGAGAGCUGAUCGAAGGGGAGGCCCACCAGCGCGAGGCUUGCGGAAGCUUCCCGUUUAAUUCGGACCUGGUCAGACAUCAGGUUUCUCAGGCUGGGGAGAAAUCUCACAGACGUGACGAGUGUGGGAGGGGCUUCGGCCAGAGCUCCCACCUCGUGGAGCAUCCGCGCGCUCACGGCGGAGACAGACUCUACGUGUGUAACGCGUGUGGGAAAGACUUCGUUCUCUACGCGGAUCUUGUGGAGCAUCAGAAAGCGCACGCGGGAGAAAGGCCCUUCAAGUGCGCUCAGUGUGGGAAGGCGUUCUGUCACAGCUCAGACCUGAUCCGCCACCAGCGCGUCCACACCCGGGAGCGACCUUUCGAGUGCAAGGAAUGCGGGAAAGGCUUCAGUCAGAGCUCGCUGCUCAUCCGGCACCAGAGGAUCCACACUGGGGAGAGGCCCUACGAGUGCAACGAGUGCGGCAAGGCCUUCAUCCGGAGCUCCAGCCUCAUCCGGCAUUACCAGGUCCACACGGAGGUGAGGCAGUACGAGUGUGAGGAGUGCAGGAAGGCCUUCCGCCACCGCUCGGACCUCAUCGAGCACCAGAGGAUCCACACCGGGGAGAGGCCCUACGAGUGCAACGAGUGCGGCAAGGCCUUCAUCCGGAGCUCGAAGCUCAUCCAGCACCAGAGGAUCCACACUGGAGAGAGGCCUUACGUGUGCAACGAGUGCGGGAAGCGUUUCAGCCAGACGUCGAACUUCACUCAGCAUCAGAGGAUCCACACUGGAGAGAAGCUCUAUGAAUGUAACGAGUGCGGGAAAGCGUUCUUUCUGAGUUCGUACCUUAUUCGACACCAGAAGAUCCACACUGGAGAGAGGGUGUAUGAGUGUAAGGAAUGUGGGAAAGCUUUUCUCCAGAAAGCCCAUCUCACUGAGCAUCAGAAGAUCCACACUGGGGACAGGCCCUUUGCGUGUAAGGACUGUGGGAAAGCCUUCAUUCAGAGCUCCAAGCUCCUCCUACACCAGGUUAUUCACACUGGAGAGAAGCCCUAUGUAUGUAGUUACUGUGGGAAAGGCUUUAUUCAGAGGUCAAACUUCCUUCAGCACCAGAAAAUUCAUGCUGAAGACAGACUCUAUGAAUGUAGUCAGUAUGGGACAGAGUUCACCUCAACUCCAAACUUUAAAGGCAGUCAAGAGGUUCACCAAGAGGGACUUCCCUUGAGUUAGACCCCCAUACAUUUGGGUGAGAAGUAUGUAGGCCAGGGGGAGCACACAGACUUGUAA